UUACUCUAGUUGCAGUGUCGAUGUCGCCCCGCGCGCUCGCGCAUCGAUCAAUGAUCUAUAGAUAUUUUUUUUGUCGUGAUACGCUGACAAAGGGCCAUUGUUACGUGCAUAACAAGUGUCAUGUCAAUUGCAUUCAGUGUGUGUUGUUUAUUAAAUCUAAUUAUGAAUAUUUCAUGCGUCAAGUGAUCGUGUUUUUUUUUUUUGACAAAUUGAUACAUACAUAUAUUUGUUUUGUGGAGUUUUGGUCGACACAAGUUGCAUCACAGAAGUCCGAUAAAAAAAAACUGCUUCAGUUUGCCGACGGCCGUCGACACGUGCGCUCGCGCCGCAUCUGUGUCUUUAUGUCAUGUUAAGCUCAUGUUGUAGUACUAUACAGGAUCAACUGUUCAAAUUUCACAAUAAUUAGUGUUAAAUGUGAUGAAGGGAUAAAAACUGUGAUAUUAAGUGAAAACAUCAGUGAUUGAAACAUUCCAAAAAAUGCGCCGGCAGAAAUACGUCGUAGACCCAGACCUUGGUGACUUGGAAGAAAUGCUAGCCCACGUCCAAACUCAACUGGAACACGAGAUAGACCAAGAGCAGGAAGCCAAAAUGCCAUCAUACACUAACGUCCAGGAGUCACCUAAAAUGGUGAAACGGACAUCGUCAUUUAGUCGAGGCGAGAUUUUGGAACUACGUAGACCAUUGCCUCGACCACCUUUGACCAGGAUCAACAGCGACUGGAGUAGACCUGUUAACGGUGAAAACAAUAGUGAAUGUGAAUACUGGGUACCCGAUUCAGAUUACAAUAGAUCUCAUAUGAGACAUUGUGAUGAUAUGGGCUCGCAGACGUCUUUGAAGUCUUUCAGAUCUGAAGGACACGGGCAGAGGAGUUCGGUGUUGAGUUUGCCGGAUAAAAGGGGGUCUUCCGCUUCGCUUAAUGGUAGGACAAGGACAGCUACCCUUCCAAGAGGGUACGGUUCCAGCAAAGAGAAGAAUUGGGAGGAAUAUUGGUCACACGAACAAUCCAUAAGCAGCGCCCGGGCUUCGGUCAUGGUCUACGACGACAGCCUCAAGAGAUGGGUGCCGUCGGGGUCCAGCUCGGGGCUGUCCAAGGUUCACAUAUACCAUCACACGCAGCACAAUACCUUCAGAGUUGUCGGCCGGAAGCUCAAUGACCAUGAGGUGGUGAUAAACUGCGGCAUAGUUCGCGGACUGAAGUACAACCAGGCGACAGCCACAUUCCACCAAUGGAGGGACGCGCGGCACGUGUACGGCCUCAACUUCUCGUGUCGCGAGGACGCCGACAGCUUCGCCAGGGCCAUGAUGCAUACUUUGGAUAUCCUAGCCAACAAGGCGAGCAACAACGCCGCCCCCCCGCCCCCUCAGGCCCCCAACCCACCCGUGCCGUACAACGGGCACAACAACGCGAAUCAUUAUGACGAAGACAUGGGGUACAGAACGAUGACGCGUGAGGACGCGGCGAUGCUCCAACAGCCGCAGUACCACCAGCCGCACAACCAGCAGGUACCACCACAGUACCACGCGCCGCCGAGCCAGUACCACGCGCCACACCAGCAACAUCAUCAGCAGUCGGGCGGGCCGCCGCCGACGCCGCCGCCGCACGCGCACCACACGCUGCCGCACCAGCCCGCGCACACCGCGCAUGUCACGCCCGGCCACCACCGCACCAACAGCGCCCCGAUGCCCCCGAACAUGCCCCUGGCGGCUGCGCCCCCGCCCCCGGUGCCCCCGCAUCAGAACCUACCGCCUAACAACAAUACCACACUACAUCAUAACGGCCCCGUCGCUCCGCCUACACCCCCGGCCGCGCCGCAACCACCCCCAAUGGCGCCGCAGCCUCCCCCCGCGGCCGCAGCGUCGGGCCCGCCCCCGCCGCCGCCCCCGCCGGCCGCGCCCGCCGCCGCGCCGCCCCCGCCGCCCCCGCCCCCGCAGCCGCCCGCCCCCGACCCACAGGGGCUCGCGGCACAGCUGCAAGGCGCCAGGCUGAAGAAGACCACAGCUCCCGCUAAUAAGCCGUCGUCGCUGUGUCCGUCGGAGGCGGCGUCGCCCCCCGGCGGGGCGGAGCACUCGGGCUCCUCGUCCUCCUCCGGCGGCAGCGCGCGCGCCGGCACUCUGCACUGCAUGAUGAACGAGAUGGCCAGGACAUUGGCCAGGCGUAGGGCGCAUUUGGACAAGGCUGAGGAGAGUCAAGAACCAGCGUCGCCGCCGAUGAAAUCGUGGGAGAGGUCAGCGACCCUGCCGCACCGGAUGCCCGCCGCCUGCAAUGGUGCGCCGAAUUCGGAAUCGCCUCAGCAACAACCGCAGUCUCCAAGAUCGGUGCGCAAGCGAUUCGGUUCCGCCAGCGAGGAAACAAUACUCAAGCAAGUGAACGGCGGCGGCGAUGGCCCGUGCGUGUCUCUCGCCGAAUGGGACGCGUUCAAACAGGAGAUGAUGAGGGAGAUGAGGCAGCAACUCAACCAGAUCAAGAGGGAGAUGCUAGACGCAAUGAAGGCGGAAUUCGCGCGUAGAUAAAACAUAUGCGCGAAACCGAGUGAUGCUAGUCUGCCGACGCGGUACCUAUGAACACUACAACAACGGAAACGUAAGAAUGUCACUUUAUAAUCCAACUGAAAUGUUUGAAUCCCAUUCGAAUGAAUUUAAUAUGAACACUACAACAACGGAAUCCCACUCGUAAGAAUCUAGUGUGAACACUACAACAACGGAAACGUAAGAAUGUCACUUUAUAAUCCAACUGAAAUGUUUGAAUCCCAUUCGAAUGAAUUUAAUAUGAACACUACAACAACGGAAUCCCACUCGUAAGAAUCUAGUGUGAACACUACAACAACGGAAACGUAAGAAUGCCACUUUAUAAUCCAACUGAAAUGUUUGAAUCCCAUUCGAAUGAAUUUAAUAUGAACACUACAACAACGGAAUCCCACUCGUAAGAAUCUAGUGUGAACACUACAACAACGGAAACGUAAGAAUGUCACUUUAUAAUCCUAAAUGAAAUGUUUGAAUCCCUCUUGAAUGAAUGUAGUAUAAACACCACACCAGCGGAAAUUAUGUAAAAAAAACACAUUGUAGCCAUUUUGUUAUAAUAAGUCUUAUACAUCUCAUAAGAAUGCUGUAUUAUUGUAGUAUCACUAUACACACGUAAGAAUGUAUUUUAGCCAUUUUCUUAUUAUAAUCCAAUUGAAAUGUUUGAAUCCCGUUCGUAAUAAUUUAGUAUUGCAACUGUACUAUCAUAGAAGUUAUCUAAGAAUAUUAUUUCGAAUAUUUCCCUAUUAAUACGUUUGAAAUGAUUGAAUACCACACGCAAGAAUGCUAUAUUCUUAUAGUGUACGUCAUAUAAAUUAUGUAAAAUUAUUAUUUUGACCAUUUUCUUAUUAUAAUACAACUGAAAUGUUUGAAUAACUAUCGUAAGAAUGUAUUAUGUACUAUGUAUUCAAAUUCAAAAUUCUUUAUUCAAUUUAGGAUGAUAUACAUCACUUAUUGACGUCAAAAAAAUUACUUAAACUAAGUCUACUGCCGGCUUCCAAAGCGCAGGUGAAGAAGAAGCGGCGCAACAAACCUCACCGCAGCCUUUUCUCCAACGUACGUACAGUACUACAUUCUUACAAGUUAGUUUCAUCAGUAGAUGCGAAAUAUUCAAAAUUUCUACAUAGCGCAAAAAUAUUUCAGCCAAUAAAAUAUCUCUGCCAAUCAUAGCGCGCCAAACCAAUCUGCUAUUGGUUGCUACGUACUCGAGCGUAUUUUGAGCGAGAUAGCAACAGUCAUAUUGUUUUUUUUUUUUAAUUUAAAACCUUAUGUAAUAGCGAUUGGAUCGUUAUUUGUUUGAUCAUUCGAUUUGAAUCUGCGUAGGUAUGUGCUAUUCUGUAAAAUUUUUAUAUAGACGAUAAUGUUCAGAUGUCCAUUAUUUAACAUACAUACUACAUACACAUGUAUGAAGAAGCUAUGUUUACAUCAAAAACUAAUUUAACACUACACAAGUUUGAUAUAACAUGUAUUUUGAAAGCUAAGGCGCUAUAUUUGAAAUAUGAUUUGGUACUAAAAGUAUACACAUUUAUUGAUAUUUUACAAUUAUUAAAAUUAUCAAUGAACAGUUAAUGUAAUAUUGCCUAAUAUUUUUAUCAUAGAAUGUUAUGCUAAACUAAUUUAUCAGAAAAUUGACUGAAAUACUAUAUCAAAGGAUAGUAGAAAAAAAAAACUCUCCGAGAGUGCCGACGGAGGUGAAUACUUGAAUAUUAACGUUGUGCACUUUCGACGUCUUACGAAUUUUCGAUCAGGUCACGUGUCCUGACAGUUGAGUUUAACAUUUUUCAACAAUCACAAAAAGUGCACAACGCCGCUAAACAAGUUUUCACUUCAAAAAUAUAAUGUUCACAUUCUUGUACAUACUAUUUGAAACGACUACGUAAUUAAAUACUCCGUUAUCGUAGAACAUAAUGUGGGGCUAGCACGAGUUUAUACGAGAACGUAAUCGUAUAGUUAUCGAGUUAAAAACAUGGAAAAUUAAGCCAAUUUUUCUUUUUUUUUUAAUGAACUGUAAAAUUUGGUAUAAGCCCAAAAAAUUACGCAAUAAUCAUAUAUAUAUAUAUAUAUAUAUAAUAUAUAAAUAAUGUUCACGGGUACCGUUUCUCGGCGCUUUGUGAUCUAACAACGUAUUGGAUAAGAACGCGCUACAGCGGUUUGACAACGAUACAGCAACAUGUUUCGUGUUGCGUUUGUCAUAUUUGCUUGAAACCAACAGUCAACAAAAGUGUUUUAGUGAUCAUUUCGAAGGUGUGUUCUCACUAGUUCCAUCCAGAAAAUAUUUGCAUGGAACUGGAGUGAGAAUUUUUUUUCUCAGCAGUUCCAUUGACGCUUCAAAGUCAAUGGAACUACUGAGGAAAAAAAAUCUGAAUUUCUGAAAAAAAAAAUCUGAGAACACGCCAUUUCGAAAUCGUAUUAAAGACAAUUCUAUAUGUUCUAUACAGGGUGUUGCGGUAAACGCCGAUGUCGCUUGACAAUUCUGAACGUUAGAAUGACAGUAGUUUUGAAUAUUUUUUUCUUUUUUUUUUAGAUAUUUUGAUACAUUGAAAUUAAAUUAAUCAUAGAAUCGAAAAAGAGAAAAGAAUACUUUACUAAUUAAUGCUGUACCCCUAUUGAGUAGAACGUUUUUAUUAAAAUAUUAGCUGCGCGUCCCGGCUUGUCUCGGAACGAAAAA